UAAUUGUCCAAUAUAUUGGUGGAUAGGUUUGUACCUAUGCGUCUCUUGUUCAAAUUUUGAAAUUCCUAUUUCUUAAAUUUUUGUGAUAGAUUUGAACUCUUUCCUCUCUCCUUAAUAAAAUAAAAUGUAAAAAAAAUAUAUAGUAGAUGAGUAUAUGCUUCUAGGAUGCCGCAGUGUGAUUUUCGUUUGGCAUGUGCUUCUAAGAUGUCGUAGUCUGUAGUGUGUAGGACGAGUAGCAUUGAGUUGAAUUGGCAGUGGAGGUGCCGUGCUUGGACCGUUAGGUACAACAACUCGACCAUUGAGACAAAGGAGGAAGAAGGCAUAAAACAAAUGCAAGAGCUUACUUCCUUCAAUAUUCCACUUGAAGCCAUUUUUUAGCUCAUUCCCAAUAACGGACUCAUCCAUCAUUUCUGCACACAACAUGUGAAAGUGAAACCAAACUCAAAAUUAUCCUUGGCUUGAGGCUUGAGGCUUGAGGAUUUGAAUAUUCCUUCCUUCAAUAUUCACUUGAAACAAAUGCAAGAGCUCAUUCCCAAUAACGGACUCAUCCAUCAUUUCUGCACACAACAUUAUACAAUUACGUUCGGUACUUGUCACUUUGACUCACUCUGCAUACCUUGAGCUAGAGGAGACGACAAGACAAGAGAACACGGGCAACCAAUAUCCAUGCCAGGCCAGUGCUUCUGCCCCUGUUUCGACUUUGAACAUGACAACCGCACCUCCUCUCAAACGGAGGUGGAGGUGGAGCCGGUGCUGCUGGUGUCGGGCAUCGGAGGCUCCAUUCUGCACUCCAGGAGGAGGAAGUUGGGCUUCGACACACGGGUCUGGGUCCGGAUCUUAUUGGCUGACUUGGAGUUCAAGAAGAAGCUCUGGUCUAUCUACAAUCCCCAAACAGGUUAUACAGAAACGCUAGACAAGGAAACUGAAAUUGUGGUCCCAGAUGACGAUUACGGCCUGUAUGCCAUUGAUAUUCUGGAUCCUUCCUGGUUUGUCAAAUUGAUACGUUUGAAAGAGGUGUACCAGUUCCAUGAUAUGAUUGAUAUGCUUGUCGAGUGUGGGUAUAAGAAGGGAACCACUUUGUUUGGAUACGGAUAUGAUUUUCGACAAAGCACUAGAAUUGACAAGUCAAUGGAGGGUCUUAAGGUGAAACUGGAAACUGCUUACAAGGCUUCUGGGGGUAGAAAAGUAAAUAUAAUUUCGCAUUCAAUGGGUGGACUGCUAGUCACAUGUUUUAUGUCACUCCAUACUGAUGUAUUUUCAAAGUACGUGAGUAAAUGGAUCUGCAUAGCUUGCCCUUUUCAAGGUGCACCAGGAUGCAUCAAUGAUUCUCUCUUAACUGGAUUACAGUUUGUUGAAGGCUUGGGAAGUUACUUUUUUGUAUCAAGGUGGACUAUGCACCAGCUGUUGAUUGAGUGUCCAUCAAUCUAUGAGAUGUUGGCAAAUCCAAAAUUUAAUUGGAAAAGGCCGCCCGAAAUUCAGGUUUGGAGGAACAAGUCUACGGAUGGGGAAACCUUGGUUGAUUUGGAGUCUUAUGGCCCAAUUGAAAGCAUCCCCUUGUUUGAAGAAGCAUUGAAAUAUAAUGAGCUAAAUUAUGAUGGUGAAACGGUAGAUUUGCCAUUUAACUGUUCUAUUCUCAGAUGGGCUGCUGAGACUCGCCAAGUUUUGAACAGUGCUAAACUACCAGAUAGCGUCAGCUUCUAUAACGUAUAUGGCACAUCGUUCGACACCCCUUUUGAUGUUUGCUACGGUUCGGAGACAGCUCCAAUUCAGGACCUGUCUGAAAUAUGCCAUUCAAUACCUCAGUAUUCUUAUGUGGAUGGAGAUGAAACAGUUCCGGCUGAGUCAGCAAAGGCGGAUGGAUUUGCUGCAGUGGAAAGAGUAGCAAUAGCUGCAAGGCACCGUGAACUAUUACGGGACAAAACAGUUUUUCAACAUAUCCUAAGGUGGUUGGGAGUCGAACAGAAGGUCAGCAGACAUUCUAAGACAUCAAGAGUUGCAGACGCCUCUUCAAAUAAGCGUGCUUGAAAAUUGAAGGAAAUUCUGUGUUCAAAUUAUGACUAUAAUAGCACCUUAGAAUUGUACUGAAUACUGUGCUUUUUAGCAUUAUUUGUUAUUUGAGUACUGUAUGUAUACUUGUAUAGUAUUCUUGGCGUGCAUGUUAAUUUCAUUGA